AUGGCCAUAAGCGAUUUCUAUAAAAAACACGACAACUACACCACGGUCAUCCGCCCAUACUAUCGCGAUUCGAAACACAACAACGUUCAAGCAGCAUCUGCAGCACUCGACCUCAUGAAAAACGUUCAAGUCACGGCGGUUAUCGGACCCAUGACAUCCUCACAAGCAGACUUUGUUAUAGAUAUUGGUAACAAAGAAAAGGUUCCAGUCAUUUCACCAGCAGCAAGCCCAUCACUCUCACCAAACAACAACGUUUACUUCAUCCGGUCUGCACACAAUUCGACAUUACAGCUAAAACCGAUUACAGAACUGAUCAAACACUUUAGUUGGAGUGAGGUUGUGUUUGUGUAUGAAGAUGGUGAGUAUGGGAGAGGUCUCGUUCCUUAUUUAUCUGAUGCCAUGAUGAACAUUGGUACCAAAGUCACGUACCAAACUGUCAUAUAUCCUUCGGUUUCAGAUGAUUGGAUCCUUGCAGAACUUUACAAGCUCAAGACAAUGCAGACUCGGGUGUUCGUGGUGCACGCGUUACCUGAUUUGGCUUCUCGGUUUUUCAAGAAAGUGAAUGAUGUUGGAAUGAUGGAUGAAGGGUAUGUUUGGAUUAUAACUGGAGGGCUCACUAGUCAUUUGCAUUAUUUGGAUCAUAAAGAUGACAUGAUGCAAUUGCAAGGAGUGAUUGGUGUGAAGUCGUAUAUCCCGAAUUCGGGUGAGUUAUUCGACUUUAAGAGAAGAUGGAAAAGGGAGUUCCGGAGUCGGUAUCCGGAGGAUGACGUGACAGAGCUUGACAUGUCUGGAAUAAGGUUGUAUGAUACUGUUUUUGGUCUAGCAAUGGCGCUAGAGAAGAUCCAGAAAGAAAAAGGGGACUCUGAUGGCACUGGAGCCUUAAAUAUGAGAACAAGGCUCCUUUCAUCGAUCCGAAACUUUAGAUUUGACGGGCUUAGUGGCAACUUCAACGUGAUCAACGGGCAGUUACAAUCGUCGGUGUACGAAAUAGUGAACAUAAUCGGUAGUGGGGAGAACACAAUCGGGUUUUGGAGCCCGGAAAUUGAUGGGAUCUCAAAGAAGUUAAGCAAUAAUACAAAGGGUCUUAAGCCAGUUACAUGGCCCGGUGGAAGUCAUGUUAUCCCUAAAGGCUGGGAGAUCCCGGUCAGCAACAAGAACAUGUUAAGAGUCGCGGUUCGAGUCGGGGGGCUUGAUUUUAUCGAUGCAGACAUCGACUCAGAAACCGGUCAGGUUACCAUGACCGGUUUCUGUGUUGAUGUUUUUAACGCAGUUGUUAACGCGUUGCCAUAUGCUCUUAAAAUUGAAUUUGUACCUUUUGUUACUUCUGAUGGCAAGAAACCUGCAGGAAGCUAUGAUGAUCUUGUUUUCAAUCUCUCUAUUGGGUGGUCUAGAGACUUCAUAAGCGGUUCUAGAGGGUUUUUGAAACAUGUUUCACAAAGAGGCACCGAAUUAUUGGAAGGAUACGAUGCGAUUGUCGGAGACAUUACAAUACUUGCAGACCGUUUGGAUAGAGUGGCUUUCACUUUGCCAUACACAGAGGCUGGUGUUUCAUUGGUUGUUCCAAUCAGAGAUGAGAGAAAGAGUGCAUGGAUCUUCUUGAAACCCUUAGAGAAAGAGCUAUGGUUAACAAUCAGUGCAUUUUUCAUAUACAUCGGGCUCGUAGUAUGGGUUAUCGAGCAUCGCGUGAACGGAGAGUUCCGAGGCCCCCCUCAUAAACAACUGGGAAUGCUCUUGUGGUUUUCCUUCUCCACACUUGUUUAUGCACAUAGAGAGAAGUUGAUAAGCAACUUAUCGAGAUUUGUGGUGAUUGUGUGGGUGUUUGUGGUGCUAGUGCUAACCUCGAGCUACGCUGCGAGCUUGACAUCAAUGUUAACGGUACAACAGCUUCGGCCUACUUACACUGGCAUCAGUGAGAUCAAGAGAAAGGGAGAAUCAGUAGGAUACCAAGAGGGUUCUUUUGUUAGGGAUAUGUUGAAAGAUAUGGGUUUUAAUGAUACCCAAUUGAAAAGCUACAGCUCGUUUGAGGAGUACCACGAUGCCCUUGAAUUAGGAAGUCAAAACGGAGGAGUUUCUGCGAUUAUGGAAGAGCUCCCUUAUAUUAGGGUUUUUGUGGCUAAAUACUGUAACAUGUAUACCAUGACAGGUCCCAUCCACAAAACUGCAGGCUUUGGUUUUGCAUUUCCAGUAGGGUCCCCUCUGGUCCAUGAUGUUUCAAAGGCAAUCCUGCAAGUGACAGAGAAGCAAAUGAUGAACAUAACCAACCAUUGGUUUAGAGAAGACGCCAGUUGUGAUCAGCCUAAGGAACCUCAAAUGAACACUGAUGGGCUCAGGCUCGAUAGCUUCAAGGGAGUUUUCCUCAUUGCCGGGUUAUCGUCCACCUCGGCUCUCCUGAUUUUCUUCUUCAGGUUUUUGUAUCAAAAUAGAGAUAUAUUGGUGUCACAAGAUCAUUCGGUUAGCCAAAAGCUCGUUCUUAUUGCAAAAACAUUUGAUGUGUUUCGGGAUGAUGAACCCAAAACAUCAGUCCCAGAAUCAGCAAUUGUGGAAUCUAACAACAAUAAUGAUAGUCCAGCAAUUAGUGUGUUCCAUCAAGAAGCAGAAAUUUUCUCACACGAUGAAGGGUUUUCUAGUAAUCAACCUGGGAGUCCCGUUCUUGACACAAUACAAGUUUUGCCAAACUUGAACAAGACUCCCACUCCACCUGUUGAUGAACCAAAUUACCCGGCGCAUCAAGUGUGUCCAGAUUACGGAUACGGGUAUGAAUCUCCGUACGUGCAACAAAGUGGAUACGGUGCUGAGAAUGCACCUGUUGAUAAACCAUAUUACCCGACGCAGCAAUCGUAUCCGGGUUAUGGGGUAUACGGGGAUGAAGGUGGAUACGAAAGUUACAGUGGAUACGGUGGUGAAGGUGGAUACGGGGGUGAAGGUGGUUACAGUGGAAAAUAUAUAUAG